AGCUAAUUGACUUCUGUUGGUCACCGCUCUGUGAUGGUAUGUGCUAAUGUGCUUUGACGUGCAGCCACAAAGGCAUAGCUGCAGCUCAUGAUGCCACGGGAGAAGUACCAUGGAGAUGAUCUGCCACAGGAGACUAAUUAAGGGCCUUAAAUCAGAAAUCGAAACUUCAAAUGAGCAAAGAAACGAGGAUGAAGGGAUCAAUGAUGUGUUUGAAUGACGUCCACACGGAAUAAUAUAAAAGACACUCUGUUCAUCAGGGGAGGCAAGAAGAUCAGGAGACUCUACAGGCAAUCCAGAAGAUGUUCUGGUUCCACAAACUCAUCCAGAGAGAUGCUGGGAUGGGCGUGUCCAACAGGCAGAAGCUCCUGGUUCUGACGUUCCUGUUGUUCCUGUCUCACCUGGCCUGUGACGCCGACAGUGUGUCAGAUUGCUGCAGACAGCCGGGCAGCGCCUGUCGCCUCUAUGUGCUGCUCUGUCGCUCUAGCAGCAGGGCCCCCGGGGGCCCCCUCAGUGGAGAUGCCGCCGCUGGCAUCUUGACGGUGGGGAAAAGAAAAGAAGAGGACCGCCGCCUGCAGAGUCGCCUCCACCAGUUGCUCCAUGGAUCCAGGAACCAGGCAGCGGGAAUCCUGACUGUGGGCAGGAGGACUGAGGAGGGGCCCGUGCAGCAGUACAUGGACCGGAUGACAAAGUCAGACAGCAUCACUGCAGCAUCAAGACAAAAUACCUCAUAGCAUAAAUAUAC